AUGACGGUGCUGGGGAUACUCCCAGCGACACACGCACUAGCCGACGCACCCGUCCAAUCGCUCCUCGACCAGCUCAGCUCCCUCUCCAACUACAGCCCUUCUUCCAUCCACCCUUCAAGAUACAUACACUCGUCUUAUAACCCAGUGGAUUCUCCAAACGACUACGAUUUACUAGCAGACGGCCUUGUUGAGCUGCUCGACGACUCUGAGCUACUCGCUGAUCUCGUCUUUCGAGCGCCACCGCCCUUCACCCACAACACCCAACACGCCUUCCAACUCUACAAAUCACUAGCCAACAACGCCUCCGCCACCGCCCACUCCAUCCUCGCCUUCCUCUACGACACGGGCUACAACAGCGUCGUCGACCCCCACCCUGGCCUAGCCCUCCUCCACUACACGUUCGCCGCUCUCGCCGGCCACACGCCCGCGGAGAUGGCCCUCGCCUACAAGCACUCUAUUGGCGACGGCGCCGAGCUCUCCUGCGACCAGGCUGUUGAGUGGUACAGCAGAGUCGCCGAUAAAGCCAUGGACUACUACCUCUCCGGUCCCCCUGGCGGUCAUGCUCUCCCUCUUUCCAAACCGAAACUCUCCGAUCUCAAAGGCGGCCCGUAUGGUCUCGGCGCGUCUGCUGCCUCUACCGGCGAGAACGCGUAUCGACCUGUGAUCUACGCAGGCAAAGCGCGCGACUCUGGUGAAAAUUGGCACGAUCUCAUCGACUACUUCUCUUUCGCUGCCAACCAGGGUGAUCUUCAGUACGCUGUUCGUCUCGGCAACAUCUACUACCACGGCAGUGUGUACACCCCCAAGUUCGGCCCCGCAGACGGCUCUGGUGCGAUACCUAAGGAUUUCAAUAAGGCCAAGUACUGGUUCACCCGCGCCACAAGGAAGAUCUGGCACGAUGGUCUGCAGUCUGAUAAACAGAGAGAGGCGACCAAGUAUACCCGCCAUCUCGUCAGCAUCGCCUCUAAUGCAUUGGGCAGGAUGUAUCUGCGGGGUGAGGGUGACGCAGGCACAGCGGACUACUCCAAGGCCUACAAAUGGUUUAACAGAGCCCGCGAUCUCCAGUCCGCAGAGGCUGUGUACUAUCUUGGUCUCAUGUAUAAGCACGGCUACUACGUCGACUCGAACGAGGACACCGCAACGAUGCAUUUCUCCAGCGCCGCUUCGAGUGGCUACCCCGAAGCGUAUGUAGAGCUAGGGAAUGGUUUACUAGCGCGCGGUGACACCGAGAAUGCCAUCCAGCACUACGAAUGGGCGGUGAACCUAUCAGCUUCAUUCGAGGGAACAUACCGACUAGCAACCCUAACGCGCCACCACGAUUGUGCGAGUGCACUUGCACGUUUCAAGAGUGUAUCUGAGCGUGGUGACUGGCUAACGGGGGACAAGCUAUGGCAGGAAGCGACGCAGCGAUGGGCUCUAUCUUCAGACUGGCACCGCGAGUCUUAUGGUCGCCACGAAGCGGAAGCUGCCCUACUUGCAUGGUGGCGCCUUGCCGAGAUGGGAUACGAGUCCGCGCAAAACAACGUCGCUUAUAUUCUCGACCAGGACACGCAGCGAGUGCGCCUCACUAGCUUCGGUUUUGAUCCGCCUGUCAACCACACGCUCGCAUUUAUCAGUCUGCGGUACUGGGAGAAAUCCGCUGCGCAGCACACCCUAGACUCGCGGAUUAAGGCGGCUGAUUACCAUUUCAAAGGGCUUGGUACACCCGCUGAUCCCGCGCGAGCUGCUGAGCUGUACCUCGCGGCGGAUACCUCCUCACUCGCCCUCUGGAAUGUGGGAUGGAUGUAUGAAACGGGACAGGGUCUCCCGAGUGAUCUCAACCUAGCAAAACGUUAUUACGACCAGGCACUCGAGACUAACGCACAGGCUGCCGUACCCGUUCUCCUGUCCCUCGCCCACCUCUACCUCAAAUCCCUCUGGCAGUGGGUGAGGAGCGGGGACGACAACAACCUCCUGUCACACUUUAGCGGGGGUGGGGAAGCGCAGGAUGAUGCAGGUGCAUCUGCAGAUGGUAGAAGCGCGAGAGAGAGAGAGGAGGAUCGCGACAGAAGCGAUGCGCGCGAGGCUGUCAAUAGAGUGGACUGGAUGGCCUAUGGCGCGGGUGACCAAGGUGCACACGUCCCGCAUGGCCACCUCGGCUUCGUCGACGGCCUCCUCCAGCGCUCCUCCCCGCCCGAUGGCCACCACCACCACGACAGCUCGCAGAGCAUUACCUUCGUUGUCGUUAUCGGCACACUCGUCGCCCUCCUCUAUCUGCGCCAGUAUAUCAUGGGUCGUCUGAGGCAGAGGGCAGUCGAUAGGCUCACGGCGGAAAUUACGCGCAGGGCACACGAACACGCUGGUCAUACCGCCGCGCGAGGACAGACGCAGGCGAGUGAGCAGGUGCAGGCGGAAGUGCGUCAGCAGCAAGAGCAGCCUGAGCAGGAAGUCAGACAUAGAAACAACGCCCGUCGCGACGACCACGACCACAACGACGAUACCUAG